UUCCCAGCCUGCACCGAGCUUCGAACGCGUGUGCACGCUUAACCCUUUCGAAUCCACGGCACCGUUGCUGCAGCGGUUGAGAUUCGGAGCUCCGUCAAGGUGUCAGAGAAUGCGGGCACGUGAAACCGCAGCUCCGCCAGCUCCUCGCCUCGGGGAACCGCGGGGCGUCCAGCAACAGGCAUAGCAGGAACGGCGUGCGCCUUCCCUAAACCGCGUGGCCCCGCAUCGGCGUCGUGAGAACGUGGCUAGCUUCUCGUCCGAGGAGGGCUUUGGCCAGCUUUCAAAACAGCAGCAGGAACGCUCGGCGAAGGCAUUGCUUGAGAAACCAGGGGACAGCCGAGAUUCCAAGGCUUGGGGAGACGAGCAUCUUCUCGGGCUGGCUGGGGGGAAAAGCGAAAGCGUUUCAUUUCCUUUUAUCAACUCAAGGCCUCUUGGCAGCUCCGCGCCUCUUUCCGCUUUGGAGACCGGGCCGGCUUGCUUUGCUGACGGGGAUGGCGCGAUGCGCGGAGGAGCCUUCCCUUCCUAAAGCCUGCCCCACUUGCCAGGGGGAGGCGAAGCCUCGAUGAAUAUUCAGGAAUGCAUAUUCUUCUCCAGAAGCAGCCCACACCCUCUUCUGCCGCUAAUCGCCUCGCAAGCUGGCUCUGCCCAGCCCUCGUUGGCUCCUGGCGGCGGGGGAGAGUGGAGGAAUUUUUGGCUCGCUCGCUCCCGAGGGACUUAAGGCAGCCAGCGUCCUGAAGAGCUGGAUCCCAGGCACGGGGCAGGCGUCUUCUCCACGGCGGGGCAGAUAGAUAGAUCGCCAGUCCCUACGCCGUGCUGCCCGAGCCCCUGUCUCUCGCCUCCGAGGCGUGCCGCGAUGGCUGUCUCCCGCACCUUUCAAUGAACCUGACCGACUUUGGCGCAUCUGUUUUUUCCGAGAGGAGAGAUGACCCAGGCAAAUAGCAAAAAGGAGCCCUCUGGCCUGCGAUAAGAGCUGUUCCUAAGCGCAUUGGCCUUCAGCUGCGUUCCAGGCCGGCAACCUACUAUGGCUCACUCCAGCAUCUGGAACAGCCUCAAGUCUGCCCUGAGGAAGAACAAUGACCCCUUGUUCUUGAACGACUGCAGUGCCUUUGAUUUUUCAGGUGAGGCUGGCGAGGAGGACUUUCCCAGGUUCAACAAGUUGCGGGUCGUGGUUUCUGAGGAUGCAGCCGAGGCUUCUGUCAAUGGAGCCCACGUGGGUCCCCUUUCUGAUGACGAGUUCUUGCUGGAGAGGGACGUUGCUCUGCGGAGUACCCAGAGCGGACCCAGUACUACAGACCCUUGUCACAAUUGCAACAAACAAAGGGAACUGUUGAAGCAAAGGAAGGUGAAGAGGCGGCUGGCCCUAGCAGCCGUUCUCUAUCUCCUCUUUAUGACAGGAGAGCUUAUAGGUGGAUAUGUUGCCAAUAGCCUAGCAAUCAUGACUGAUGCGCUUCAUAUGUUAACUGACCUCAGUGGCAUUAUUUUGACUCUGCUUGCUUUGUGGCUAUCUGCGAAAUCGCCGACAAAAAAAUUCACCUUUGGAUUCCAUCGCUUAGAGGUGUUGUCUGCCAUGUUCAGCGUAUUGCUGAUCUAUAUCCUUAUGGUUUUCCUCUUGUAUGAAGCUGUUCAAAGGACCAUCCAUAUGGACUAUGAAAUCAAUGGGGAUAUCAUGCUUAUUACAGCAGCCAUUGGUGUCGCAGUAAACCUUAUAAUGGGCUUUCUGCUGAACCAGUCUGGUCACCUUCACUCCCAUUCACAUACCCCUUCGUCUGUUCCUCCGUCCAACUCUUCGGUUGCAGCUGCUGGGCAUGGCCACAGCCACGGCAGCCUAGCGGUGAGAGCUGCAUUUGUACAUGCCCUGGGAGAUCUGGUGCAGAGUAUUGGCGUGCUUGUAGCUGCAUACAUCAUUCGUUUCAAGCCGGAGUACAAGAUUGCUGAUCCCAUAUGCACAUACAUAUUCUCAGUUCUCGUGGCUUUUACAACAUUUCGGAUCAUAUGGGACACUGGAAUAAUCGUACUUGAAGGAGUUCCAAAGCAUUUGAAUGUGGAUCGCAUCAAAGAAGAGCUAAUGAAAAUUGAAGACGUGCUUUCAGUGGAAAACCUGAAUAUUUGGUCGCUAACUGCAGGAAAAACGAUUGCCAUAGUCCACUUGCAAUUAGUUCCUGGUAGUUCAUCAAAGUGGGAGGAAAUCCAGUCCAAGGCCAGGCGGUUGUUGUUGAACACAUUUGGAGCCUAUCAGUGUUCAAUCCAGCUUCAGAGCUACAGGCGAGAAGAGAAUAAAACCUGUGCAAACUGUCAGAGCUCCAGUGCCUAAUUUUUCCACACUUUUUGGAGACUUGCCUUAUACUUUUGAUCUUGCAGCCAAAAAAGACCACAAAAGCAAUAAAUGCAAGAUUUACAAAUGGAAUAGAAUCCCUUAGGUUUGGACUUGUAUUGGUAUCUAGUACAAGAAGAAGGAUUGGAACUGGUGAAAAUACUGGGUCAGAAUUGUCCUUUUAACAAAAACAAGUUGUAACUCUUCCUGCCUGUUAAUUUCUGCUACGGUUGUCAUGCCAAUAUAUUUCCAACGAAAUGUUUACAGAUCACGUUACUUUUGGCAGAUACCUCGUAGAAUACACUUCCAUGUUGCCAUUUGUUAACUCUGACUUGUCUACUCUCCAAAAGGGGCAGCACGAAUUAACUACUUGAGUUUAAAAAGAGCUGCCAAGGUUGAUCAUGUCUGUAAUCAAAGUUGUUAAUGAUCCCUGAACUGGUUACACAGUAUUUUCCCCCAAUAGCUAGGUUUUUAAUACCUUGCCUAAAAAAAAAAAAAAAACACCAAAAUGCGGCAGGGAUAACAGGACUUUUUAUAAGUUGUCUCUUUGUACAAACUUGAAUACACGUUGAGAGGUCUAGCUUUUAGAGUAACCAGUUUUGCAAAUUUUGGCUUUAAACUAUGAUCCAAACCAGAAAAAGUAUUUUCCUGGGACAAGCGACCAGUUGUUUAACUGAAGACUUUGGGGCUGGACCCACUGUGUUUGAAAGGAUUAGUUGUCUUUCGUAUCUUAGGACUUGUACCAUAGAAAAAUAUUUAAUUUCUUCAAAUAUAUUUGAGUUGCAGACGAUUCUUAUCGAACAUCUUGAAUAUCAUUUAACCUGCUUCAGGAGGCCGUUUGGUUAAGCAUGAACCUUAAUUCUAGUAAAUAAAUAUGUCGUAGGAGACUUUUUGUGAUGGAUUUGCCUCACUGAAAAAGAAGGGGCCUUAUAGAAACCACAUGAAACACAGAGAUUGAAUCAGUAGACAUGUUGUAAGCCAGCCUUCACCAACACAGUAACCUCUAGAUGUUAUCGGACUACAACUCCCAUCAUUCCCAGCCAGCAUGGAGUUGUAGUCUGACAACAUCUGGAGGGCACGAGGUUGGCAAAGGCUGUUGUAGACAUUCAGGUAAUAAGAGAAGAAAGGCUUCAGACAAUCCCUGAAGCUGAACAUCAUAAGAAUCUGGCUUCCGUGUCACUUUUACAUUUCCUCCCAAUAAUGGCUUUUGCAUGGUGAUGUAUGCUAAAGUGCGCCAGUGAAAUGUUAGUGAUUCAGUGAAUUGUACUGUCUUUUAAUUGAACAGGAGCACACCCACUGUCAAUUUUUGUUGUUGCUGUCCUUCUAGUAACAUAAAAGUAAAAUCUUCCUUUUUGACCUGUGCUGAAUUGCAGGCUUUAAUAACUGCACCGCAGGCACCAAAUUCAUAUUGGAUUCUUCUUAAUUUUAAGUAUAGAUAAGGGAAAACCAGGGGAAAGAACCGUAAUACAGAGAUGUUGUGUUCGGAUCAUGGGUUAUUCAAAGCCAGAUACAACAUAGAUUAAUGCUGCAAAUAUUAAUAAAAAAUACCAGAAUUUGGACUCAAAUUUCUUUACAUCUAAACAGAACUCUAUCGACAUGAAUAACAUUGUGCUGUAAGAAACUUUUGCUAUAACUUUGGGCUAAGACUGGAAGCAAUGGUCUUCAUCUGUAAAAUCUGAGUCAAUCAGUGCUUUUAAACAUAGCUUGCAAUAUUUUAUUUUCCUUCAGAAGCUUUUGUAUUACCUGUAAUUCGGGCUAAAGAAGCCAAAAAGGAUAGUUCCGCUUGAUCACAAUGGAAAAAGUAUCAAUGUUGACCAUUGCCAGCAUAUUUUGACUAAUUUGGGUAAUUGUUUAGAACACAAUAGUUUGAAAUCAUUAUCUAGUUCCUUCGUGAAGUGAAUCUUGUUACAGGGUUUCAGGACCAAGUGUUAUCUUCUGAUGAAGAGUGAUUUUAAAAAAAAAUAGCCCUUUCAUGAAAGCAAUUUGUAUAGUUAUUUAAAUAAUUAUUCAGAUACUUCAUGUAAAAGAGGGGUGGGGAAGCCGUUGCCCUCUAGAUGAUGUUGGACUACAACUCCCAUGAUUGCUGACUAUUGGCCAUGCUGGCUGGGGCUGAUGGGAACUGGAGUCCAACAACAUCUGGAGGGCCAUAGGCUCCCCACCUCUGAAACAGUAGCGUCACAAUUUGUUGUAAAAGAGAUUCCUUGAUGAACAGCAAACUCACUCGGAGUAUGCUGGAAGUCGGUACCUUGAUUAAAUGAUGUUGAGGCCCACUUGCUGGAUUUUUUAUGCCACUUGUAGUUGGGGCUAGCCAACACUUCUCCCCUUCUACUUUACCCCAAGACAAAAUUUCAGUAUUAGUUAUGAGAAAAAUGCACUAUAUUCUGUUUUCUUCCAAAAGCAGACAGGACGUCCUACAGUACAGUAUGCUUGCAUUUCCAGCUCAGAGAUGAAGAGCUAACAGCUUUGGAAGCCUGUUUUGCUACAUAACAAUACAACACAAAGCCAUAUCACAAAUUGUGAAAAGUGUGCGUAUUCCUUCUAUAUGACCUUUCUGGAAGUCAGGUAUUUUUGCACACAAUGGAUGUUCAUAAUGGAUUUUUCAUUAAAUGGGGUUUACAGAACACAAAAUUAGAAAUUGGGGGUUUGGUAGAUCUGUACUGUAUUUGGAGUUUUUUAAAAUUGUAAUGAUAUAUAUAUUUGUUUAAUUAAACUAGUGUGUUGCUUUAUGGUGGGUUUAUUAAAUCAGUUAUUAACCUGCCCA